AUGGAGCUGCCACUACUAACCCUCACAGUGGCGUUCUAUUCUCUUCCAGUGCCAUUCCUAGCAGCCAUGAACAUAUCUUCGAGCCAUUACUUUCUGUGGCUUCUGUCGUUUUUUGCCAUAAUUUACACUCAUCUACUUCUGUGGAGACUGGUAUCCAAAGCUUUCGUCUUCCUGUGCCCUAAUCCUGGAUUAGCGUUUUUUGGAACUGUUGCACUUUUCACCAUCUCUCAUCUUACAUCCGGACUCGUUGCACAUCCAGCAGAACAGCAGUCCAUCGUGUUCUACUCACACUGGCUAUCACCUCACAGGAGUGAUAUUUACACUUCGGUCGUUUUAUUGAAAUGGAAACUUUUGGAUCAUUUGGUCCUCAUCUACUGA